UUUCGUAGACAAUGAAUUACUGAACCAACGAUUGUUUACCAAACACCAACUAAAAGCUGUCGGGAAAAUGAAUCUAAGAAAAUAAUUUGAGUACUAUGUUAACAGGGAAUGUAAUCUGCAGUAGCAACCCAGAUAAGAAGAGUGUGAUCCACAUCCACUAAUAAUAAAGAUGAGACCAGUAGCAAACACAGUUUGCUAAAACCAAAUUCUAUCAGUAUUACUAAAAGAAAAGUAGAUAACACUUUACAGAAAAUGAUGAAAGUAUUGUGAUGGGAGUAAGAAGAGAUGGCAAAUUCUGAUUUUGGGGUUCCUGAAUUCAAGGCCUACAAUCCAAAUCCUUAUAGCUGUGGUUAUGAUCUCACACUCACAUAUGGAAAACCUCUUCCACCUUCUCAUUCAACUUGUUAUCCUCCUUCGUUUAAUAACCCUCAUCCAUCUCUAAAUGGAUUCUCAUACGGCUCCAUACCUUCACCUUAUGUAACAUCAUCAUCCAAGCUUCAUCUGACAACACCUAAGCCACAAAACAAGGAAAAGGAGAAUAUAAAUCAAAAUGGUAAAUUGGUAGAUGAUAAUAUUUCCACAAAUGGGUACGGUAAUGGACAUGGAUCUGAUGAUUAUUCUCAUCAGUCUUGGACCGAUUACGGGUAUGGAAAGAAUGAAGAUAGUUGCAAUCAAGAUGAUUUAGGGCCCUGUCCAAGUAUAUUCGGUUAUUGGCCUUGUUUGUACAAAAUGAACAAGAAAACUUAUGAUCAAAACAAUGGUGAUGAACAAGAGAAAGACCAUAGAAAUCAGUGGGAAGUAACUGCAGAAUACUUGUUUGGAACUACUCUAUACCCAUACGGUGAAAGUAUUCAAGUAGAUGUUAGUUAUGGCUACAACUCCAGCUACCGCUAUCAGAAACAUAGCAUACAAGAACCAACUUCAAUAAAGCAGCUCAAGUACAACGAGAAAUCAUCGACUCCAAAACUGGGUUACUAUGGAACUUACCAGGAGGAUGACUGUCUUCCAUUGGGUCGCCAGUCCAACCUAGCAAUCGUGCCAAUCACCUAUGGGAAUGAUGGGCGUUACGAAAUACAACCACCCUCUGUAAAAGUAGACUAUAAUGAGAAAUCAUCACUCCAAAGACUUUGCUAUGGUCAAUCAGACCAUGUUGAAGAGUAUCCUUUUUUUGACAACGUCGAGUUCCAAAGCACGGGUUUUGAUGAAGCUCAUGAUGCCCAAGAGUUUCCUACAUUGGGAUGUGUGAGUAAUGAGUCAAAUCUGGUAUCGAGUUAUGAGAGGCAUUACCCGGAACAAUCUCAUCUGUUACAUGUCGAGUACAAUGAGCAAUGCGAAGUUUACCACAAGGAAGAGUAUCAUGCAUUAGGAUAUGUGAGUGGUGAGUCAAAUCUUGUAAUGAAUAAUGGUUAUGAGAGGCAUUACCCGGAACACUCUCAUCUGUUGCAUAAUGAGUAUAAUGAGCGACCCACGUUUCAAAAGCUGGGGCAUGGCGAAAUACACCAGGAGGAAGAGUUUCCUGCUUAUAGAUAUGGCGAUGACUUCUUCAGCGAAAGUACGGACAGCUACAACUAUUACAAGCAGAGAAGUUAUUACAACGAGUGAUCCAACAACGCACCAACACUCGUUCUCGAUCUCCUUUCAGAAGAAAAAUACAAGGUCACUUAACUUGCCUUCCAACAUAUGAAUAUGUGCAUACCAUUAAAAGUAUCAGUGCACUUAAAUGAAUAAUUAACCUUACGGUUAAGUCUUUCGCUGUCAUCAUAGAGAAUAUGUAAGUUAGCCUAAUGAUUACACGCUCCUCCAGCAAAGCAUCUGUUGAUCCUACAAUUUUUAUGUCACAAGCUUCAGUAUUUAUCUGGGUGUCCAUUUGGCACUACUUAAGAUAUUACAUGGCCAAAGUUCAGUUAAUCUAACAGUAAGUUGUCUACA